CUCGUUCAUCCUCAACCUAAAAUAAGUUGAAAUCUAUUUAAUUCCAACAACCUACACCAUUGAUUAUCAAAAAAAGAGGAAGAACUCAGAGCAAAAGAUUUAAUAUGGCGAGAGAUUUUGGCCCUGUUAUAUGCAUGUCGAUCAUGAUCAUGGAUAUCAUUGCAGGAAUACUUGGCAUUGAAGCUGACUUGGCUCAGAACAAGGUGAAGAAUUUGAGGGUGUGGAUAUUUGAGUGCAGGGAUCCAAGUUAUGAGGCAUUCAAGCUGGGUUUGGCUGCAGCUGUGCUCUUGGCAAUUACUCACGCAAUUACAAACUUGCUUAGUGGCUUCAUCGUUAUUUGGUCUAAAGAAGAGAUGGACAAAGCAUCCCCUAACAAAAAACUUGCUGUUGCCUCCCUCAUCUCCUCAUGGAUUUUACUUGUUAUUGCAUUUUCGUUACUGAUUGCGGGAGCAUUGGAGAACUCAAGGUCAAGGAAAGAUUGUGGCAUAUCGCACCAUCGUUUAUUGUCCUUGGGAGGGGUAUUGUGCUUUUUCCAUGGUUUGUUUUGUGUUGUUUAUUAUGUCUCGGCCUCUGCCUUUACUCGAGAAGACAAGAAAUUGAAUCCACCGAGUGUCCAACAUGUAUGACUUGAUAUUGUAUUGUUCUUAUUGAGUUUCAUUAUUAUUUUUUAGUUAUUAUUUCAAAUAUUAUUUGUCUCAAGGGAUCAUUCUUUCAUAUUUCUUCUUUGUUGAGUUGGAUUAUGAACUUUGUAGUUUCAAUAAAAUUAUUUAAAUAGUGUUAGUA